CUGCAAAAGACAUAGAGCUCUCUCUCUCUUCGUCUUCUUUUUUCUUUACAUUUUUGUCCAUUUUGGCUUUUUAUUUUCUGAGAUUCUCUUCGUUGAAAAUUACUUCUCAUAUUGUAGUUUCUUCUUCCACGUACAGAAGAGCUUGAAUCUCGUCGUUUUCUGAGUUUUUUUUUUUUUUGUAAUGAGCUGAAACACUGUCCCGGAUUCAUGUUUGGGUUCUUGUCGGGUUUCUCAGAGCAUUUUUCGUCGUUCAACCCUUUUUCUUAAUGGGUUUAAUUAACUUCAAUUUUUUGCAGAAAAUUUGACUUCUUUUCGCUUUCUUAGUUUUAAGUUUCAGUGAACUGUUGGGUCAAAAGAUUCGAACUUUUUCAGCGAGUGAUGAAUCAAAUCUGAUGUCUCUUUUAAAAGGGCUGGCUCCUGAUCCUCUGAAGCUUGAUGCGAGUUCAAGAGUCUUUGCAUUUUAGGGUUUGGACAUGAUUCUGUGCCACCUUCACAGAUUCACGCCCUUUCCCACUGGUUGCUUCUACAGUUUCUUAGAAGGGUGAGAAGAAGUUCCUUUUUUUUUUUCCUUUCAUGCAAGGAAUCUUGGUCGGGAUCUAGAAAUUGUCAAGCACUGUAAGUGUUCGAGCAAAUGGAUUUCUUGAGAGUUGGAAAGUUCAGGCGAGUGAAGAAGCCAGACCCAGAGAAAGAAACAGCGGAAAAGACGGCGAUAAACCUAGAAAAGCACAAGAGUGAAAACAAUGAAGGUAAUGGUGUUGCAGAUUUGAGCUAUAAACCGACAGAUUCGGUGGAAAAUGAUGAAAUCGAGGACGAUGACGACGAUUUCAUCACCAAUGAGGUGAAGAGAAGGCUCAAAGAGCUGAGGAACAACAGUUUCAUGGGGUCGAUUCCCGAAGAGGAAGAAGAAGAGGAGUCAUAUGUGGAGGAAGAAGAAGAAGAGAAAGAGAAGUGUCAGAGUGAGUGGCGAGAUGUGGUUGCAGAGGGGCGACAAUGGUGGGGAGGAUUUGAUGCUCUUUACGAAAAGUAUUGCGAGCGUAUGCUCUUCUUCGAUCGCUUAAGCUCUCAACAACUCAAGGAAACUGGCGUUGGAGUUGCUCCAAGCCCUUCAACCCCAUCUCCGAGAUCCGCGUCCAAGAAACUGGCAUCGCCUUUUCGGUGCCUUUCCCUUAAGAAAUUGGAAGCACCAGAGGAAGAGACAGAGCAUUUGCAGCAACAGCCAGAGACAGAUCCUUGUAAUGACCUCGAGACAGCCUACGUUGCUCAACUUUGCCUAACUUGGGAGGCACUCCAUUGCCAAUACACGCAGCUGGGCCAUUUGAUCUCGUGCCAACCCGAAACCCGGACAAGUUACAACCAUAGUGCUCAACAGUUCCAGCAAUUCCUGGUCUUGUUGCAGAGGUUUAUAGAGAAUGAACCCUUUGAGCAUGGCUCGAGAGCUGAACUUUAUGCCCGUACGAGAAAUGCGAUGCCUAAGCUACUUCAGUCUCCCAAGAUCCAAGGGUCGGACGAAAAGGAGAUGGAUAAGGAAACAGACUUCAUGGUCCUGGCCGAUGACCUGAUGGGUAUCCUCGAAAGCUCGAUCCUCACUUUCUACGUUUUCUUGAAAACGGACAAGAGAAAACCAAAUGGGAAUCACAACAAUAUGACCACCACUUUGCUACAAGUCAAGUCAUCUCUUGAAAAGAAAAGGGUGAAAGUGAAGGAACUCUGCAAGAGAACAAGAGGGUGGAGGAAGAAAUCUUGGCCUCAAACAUGGGAAGGAGUGGAACUCUUGUUUGCUCUGAUCGACGUCAAAAUCGUGACGAGGGUUCUGAGGAUGGCGAGGGUCGGGAAAGAUCAGUUAGUAUGGUGCGGAGAAAAGAUGAAAAAACUCGACUUUCCUGACGGGAAGCUCCAAAGACACCCGACUCCGAUCCUUUUCCCGUGCUGAUAACGAACACGAGAUUCAUCGGAUGGCCUGUUGAGAUUGCUUUUCAGUUUUUAGGGUUUCGCAGCAGUGUGUAAUGAGGAAACAACAAAAGAGACAUCGGUCUUUUGCAUCGAGACAUUCGCUGUUAAGGAACAGAACCACCAUGAAUGUUGUGUUUUAGAGUAUUCUUUGCACAUAUGAGGAUCCGAUGUUGUCUAUCUGAUGAGAUGAAAGCUGAAACCAAAAUGCGAUGGCCGACAUUGUGAUUGAACUUUGUUAACA